AUGUCUGACGAGAACGCGAACGGUACCCCCGGCGAGCAGGCUGCUCCCAACUCGGAACACCUCAACAUCAAGGUGACGGACAACAACAACGAGGUCUUCUUUAAGAUCAAGCGCACCACCAAGCUCGAGAAGCUGAUGACCGCCUUUUGCGAACGCCAGGGCAAGACCACAAGCUCUGUCCGAUUCCUCUUUGACGGGACGCGAGUUCAGCCUACGGACACACCGGAUGCGCUCGAGAUGCAAGACGGCGAUACACUCGAGGUACACCAGGAACAGGUCGGAGGAUCUUCACUUUAA